UUGGCUGCUGGUUAAUUGCAUGCUUUUCCAGUUGACUGAUUUGUAUUUUAAUUAAAACAUGUAAAUAACGAAGCCUAUGUGGUCCAUUUUUUAUUAAAUUUUUUUGGCACGAAUGUCAUGCGUUCUGUAGCAAGGGCUUGCUGUACUGGGGUAGUGGAGCGGUCCUGUAGAGUACCGAGUGGGUGCAGCUGAUGUUGAAGAUCAUGUCCAGUAUUGCUCAUGCUGCUGGUGGAUAAAACUGUUUACUGGAUUAUUUAGAAGUGGUGCUAAAUGUGUUUUACAGCUCACUGAAAUCCACAACCUGGCUAUCCUAUCGGGACAAAAAAAAAAAAUUAAAAACAAAGGAAAAAAUAAAACAUACUAACUGCAAAUUCCAUUUUGAAAACACAUCUACUCUUUGAAUUAAGUUCUUUGUUUUCUGUGACCCGCUGAUCAAUAUCCCUAUAGUUACAGCAGUUACUCCAGAUCUUCAUUUAUAGAGUGCGAGUUGGGUCACUUCCUGCUCCAGUUAUCCAUUGCUAGCUGUUGUAUUUGUAAUAUUGACAAUGAAUUGCUUAAAUCUACAACCACCUUUUGUGACCGUUUUCUCCAAAAUUGAUGACAUUAGCAGGUGCUCACUCCUGCUAUAGCUUGGCACUUGGGACCCCUAGCCCUCCAUCCUAGCUUCAAGGCACCAUUCAGAAGAGGAAACUUGCUUGAUUCUGGGCAGCUUUCUGAUGAAGAUUAUAGAAAAAGGGGGGAAAGAUUACAAAAAAAAAAAGAAAGAAAGAACAUUUUGCUGGCUGUGCACCUAUCCUUUAUUCUGCAGUGUGCACAGUUACAAGGGUAUGGCUCAAUGUAGAUAAUUUUCUAUCCGUUUUGUGGGUGACAGUUAUGCCUCAGGCAGUUGGCUAGCUAUGUUUGUGUGACUGUAUUGUCAAAAACAGUUGAGACUUUCCACGCCUUCUAAGUUCAGUGAGCUUCACAUUACUGUUGAGCAGGGAUGGUAUCAGACAUUCAUUAGUUACACGAUGGAGCACAAGGACUGUUCAGUAGAAAGGGCCGUGUACAUGCAUUUGUUAAAGGGCCUUGCUUCAUUGUGUGCCGCGAGGAAAGAUAUUGUGCAACGUUACUGACACUUCAUGGGACCCUGCAGCAGUCGGGAUGUAGAGAGGAGACUGAAGGGAAGAAGGGUGUUACAGAAUAUUUUAGAAACAGAGAGUGAAUAUGCCAAGGAACUUCAGAAUCUUCUAUCAAAUUACCUGCGUUCAUUGCAAGCCACAGAUAAGAUAAGUUCUUCUGAUAUCACUCAUAUUCUGGGAAACCUGGAAGAAAUCAGCACUUUUCAGCAGAUGCUUGUCCAGUCCUUAGAGGAAUGCACAAAGUUGCCUGAUGCUCAGCAGAGGGUCGGGGGAUUCUUUCUGAACCUGAUGCCUCAGAUAAAAUGCCUCUACAUUGCCUACUGUGCUAAUCACCCUUCAGCAGUAAAUGUCCUUACAGAACACAGUGAAGAGCUUGGUGAGUUCAUGGAAAUGAAAGGAGCCAGCAGUCCAGGGAUCCUUAUGCUAACCACAGGCCUCAGCAAACCCUUCAUGAGACUGGACAAGUACCCAACCCUGCUUAAAGAGCUUGAGCGACACAUGGAGGACUAUCACCCUGAUCGACCAGACAUUCAGAAAUCCAUGACAACCUUUAAAAAUCUUUCUGCGCAGUGUCAAGAGGUACGGAAGAGGAAGGAGCUGGAGCUGCAGAUCCUGGCUGAGGCAAUUCGCUGCUGGGAGGGAGAAGGCAUCAAGACACUGGGCACUGUCCUCUACAUGUCACAAGUCAUGAUACAGUGUGCAGGGAGUGAGGAAAAGAAUGAGAGGUACCUGCUCCUGUUCCCCCAUGUAUUGCUGAUGUUGUCAGCCAGUCCCAGGAUGAGUGGCUUCAUUUACCAGGGUAAACUGCCAUUAACAGGAAUGACAAUCUUGAAACUAGAAGACAGUGAAACCAACAAGAAUGCUUUUGAAAUUUCAGGAAAUAUGAUAGAACGGAUAGUAGUGACCUGCAACAAUCAGGAGGAUCUGCAUGACUGGGUAGAUCAUCUCCACAGACAGGCUAAAUUCGCUAGUAUAGGAACCCCUACUAUAAAGCCACUGUCUGUACCGUGUCACACACUCCCUUCACAUCCGGUAACACCAUCCAGCAGGCAUUCAGAGAACAGGCCAGCGACGGGGACUCCUGCCUACCACACCCUCCCCCACCCCUCCUCUCACGGGACCCCUCACAGCACAAUGAUGUGGGGCCCCCUAGAGCCCCCCAAGACACAGAAACCGUGGAGCCUGAGCUGCUUGCGACCUGCACCCCCUUUGCGACCGUCCGCGGCCCUCUGCUAUAAGGAGGAUCUUAGUAAAAGUCCUAAAACUAUGAAGAAACUGCUUCCUAAACGCAAACCUGAACGUAAACCAUCCGAUGAAGAGUUCGCAGUGAGAAAGAGUACAGCUGCCCUAGAAGAAGAUGCUCAGAUUCUUAAAGUAAUAGAAGCUUACUGUACUAGUGCCAAAACACGUCAGACGCUAAAUUCAACAUGGCAAGGCACUGACCUGAUGCAUAAUCACGUCUUGGCUGAUGACGACCAAUCAAGCCUAGAAUCGUUGGGUCGUCGCAGUAGUCUUUCCCGCUUGGAACCUUCCGACCUCUCUGAAGACUCUGAUUAUGACAGUAUAUGGACAACCCAUAGUUACAGAAUGGGGUCUACAUCUCGUUAUAGGAAAGAAUCGGGCCCUCACAUGCUGUUUCCCGAAGAGGAGAAGAUUAUUGUUGAAGAAACCAAAAGCAAUGGUCAGACUGUAACAGAAGAGAAGAGCCUCGUGGACACAGUUUAUGCAUUGAAGGAUGAAGUACAAGAAUUAAAACAGGAUAACAAGAAGAUGAAAAGGUCACUGGAAGAGGAACAAAGAGCCCGUAAAGAACUGGAGAAACUUGUUAAGAAAGUAUUAAAGAGCAUGAAUGAUCCAUCCUGGGAUGAAACCAAUUUGUAACUCAUUUACCUGGGUGUGUAAUAAACAAAACACACACACACACACACACACACACACAAAAACAGCAUUGAUCGUUCAGCAGGACACGUAACAGAUUUAAGACGCUCACAAUAUUGGAAUUAACGGAACUUACCCAAAUCUUCAGGGAUCAAGCCAGCCAUUUGUCUUAAGAUUGUGAUUGAUGUGACAAUAAGUGAGAAUAAUACCAAACUUGAAAGUGGUGUUAACAAUUCUCUGUAAAACUUGGUGCUGAGAGGCUGCUUGACGCAUUAUGGAAUCCCCCUGUGAUCACAACACUGGCCUUACAUGAGCUUGAGGGAAGAAGCAUCUAAAAGUUCCUUAUCAGUCAACUGUUCAGGGUCCUGUUGCAGAUCUGGUGCUGUCAGCCAAUCCUGUGAGCAAUCUGACAUCUGGCAUACCAGCAGAAAUGACAAGCGUUGGUCUUAAAUGUGGCUCUUAACUUGCCCCAGAGGGGACCAAAAACGUAGGGUUUGGAAAGUGAAGAUAGAAAUCCAAUUUUGAAGAACAUGCUUCGGAGGGGGCAAUGCUUGGUGGAGAUGCUGCCUUUGCUAUGCCCAAACUGAGAGCACUUCAUUCUCCACUGGCCAGGACUGUUGUCCUAUGCCUUUAGGAGCACACACUGUAACACAGAUUAAAAGAAUGGCAAACAGCAGUACAACUCACUGAGAAUACUGGACAAUUUUCAGGUAAAUUGAAUAGCGAUUGUCUUUCGGGACCUUUUGUAGAUUUUGUUUUGAAAUUACCUCAUUUUGGCGCAUGUGUAGUGUUUAUUUUGUGGGGGGGGGGGUCUUUUAUAUUGUUUAAUACAAGGUUCUGAAAUCUCUUUUUUUGUAAAUAACACUGUUCUUUGUGACUUCAGUAAUGUAUUUCUUAAGGCUCUUCAUGUAUCCUGUCGUCUUAACGGUCACAGUUUUUAUAAGUAGCAGAAAGCUGUUCUCUUGUCAGUUACAGAACGGGAAUAAAAGAUUACUGUAUGAAUUGUAGAAGUAUAUCUGGAAAAUCAUUGUGCUGACAACACUUUUUAUUUUCUAAGUUAUGUAUUUAAAUUAACUUACCGUAAUUAAACAUUGUAGUAGAAAUUCUGAACAAAGAAUGUGUUUUUGGAUUCCAUGUGUGAUUGUUACCAGAAACCUUAUUUGUCUCUGUUCCUUUACUUGUGACCACUGUAUUUAUUUUUAUGCCUCACUAACAUGUAACGUGUUUGUUAAUUAAAUUUGUAAAUAGUU